GCCAGGUAACACUCUCUUGUCACAUGACUGACUAGCGGUAGUUAUAGCCAACGCUAACUGUGUUGCUAGCUUCUCUUUCUCGUCCGGUUUUUGUUAUUUACUUGCCAAGAAGUUUGCUUCAAAAAAUGUCUAGAGCUGCUGGUAGGUCUCAGGAGAGCAAACUAGAUCCCCUUUGUUCUCCGUCACACCGGUCUGGAAACCAAAUAUCCCGACAAGGAGCGCCGCAUGUCGGCCCGGGUCACUAUGACAACCAUAAGAUUGGCACCAUAGUUUAUGACUUAGAGAAGAGACCUGUGAGUAAGAAAGGAUAUUCUCUGUGUGCGAGGACUGCAGCGCGCUUUCCACCAUGUAACAAGGCAGCGACCCCUUCACCGCAGCAGUACCAGCAGGAUCAAGCCAGAUCCAGAGUCAUCCCUCCUGGUAAAACACCUUUCAGCUCAACCACACAGAGGUUCAGCAGCAUGCCAAGUACAGCCGAGGACAGUCCAGGGCCUGGAACGUACGCUCACGAUGUGGUGACAAACAGGAAAGUGAGCUGGCCGAUGUGCUUUGGGAGCCCAGACUGGUCCAGACUGCCUCAGAUUGACAAGAAGUCACUCAGGGUAAAUCUAACCGGUAAAAAGGAGUUCCUUAAGCAGAGGAACAGAGUGGCCUACCUAAGUCUGUACUAUUAACUCUAAAGCCGACGAAUAAAAACCCAUCGUGAUGUCGACACAA